CGCAGGGUGUGCCUAGUGUGGUUAGCACUGUAAUGCACUUGGAUAGCGUACCAGUUAAGAAACGCAAUGAUGUCAAGAAAUCUUUACUGAGUUUCAUACAGCAUUUCUUCCCUUCUGAGACGAAGCUUUAUUGCGGAAGUGAGAGUCAAGAUGCAUUGACAAUUCUCAGGACAAUAUGUACCCAGACUCCAAAAGAGAUUUCAUGGCGUGAUACUCACCCAUAUCUUUUGGCAGAAGACGUAUCAUUUAUAGCCAAUGACGACAAUGAGAAUAUUGGUACAUUGCGGGUAAGUGGGUACGCACGAGGCGUGCCUUUUUCCGCUAAUCGCCUCGUACACUUGCAAAAUUAUGGGGAUUUUCAACUGAAAGAGAUCAGCUCAUGCCCAACAACCCGAGAGGAUACCGAAGAAAUGGCAAUGGACGCGAAAACGCUUGAAACGACAGAUCCAGCCUUACAGGAUUCUCUAGUUGCCGAAAAUGAGCCUGAUCUCAUGCAGAAUGAACAGACUUGGCCAACAAGAGAAGAACUUGAUAAAGCGGAUCAAUCGAUGUCUGUCGAGUCUGAUAACCUGCCGGAUGCUAAACCUGGCACGACUCCAAAGAGAAUUGUGAAACGAGUUCCAAAAGGGACGUCCGCCUAUCAGGCAGCAUGGAUUGUUGACUCGGAAGAUGAAUACAGUGAAGAAGAUGACGACGAAGAUGAAACUAUGGCAUGUGAUGAUGACCAAGAGGAAGAGAGUUCAAUUAAGCAAAUCGAAGAAGAAGAUGAUGAAGAAGAGGAAUACGAGGAGAUAGAACUGGAGACUAGAAACCCAGUUCCAUCUGACCAAAUGGACGAAGAUGAAGAGAAACAACUUCAAGAAUAUCUUGAAACACGUAAGAAGGAAAACCGCGAGGAUUUGCAAUUUCCAGAUGAAGUCGACACUCCGAUGGAUAUCUCGGCACGAGUGCGAUUUCAACGAUACCGUGGAUUGGAAAGCUUUCGUACAUCCCCAUGGGAUCCCUAUGAGAAUUUACCUAUAGAUUAUGCAAGAAUAUUUCAAUUCGCGGAUUACAAGCGAACUCUGAAGAGAGUUACUGCCGAAGCAUUGAUUGGAGCUGCUAAGCCGGGAAUGCGUAUUACUUUGCACAUAUCUAACGUACCGAAAGAAGUUAAAGAGUCUUUUGAUCCAUCCCGUCCAUUUAUAAUCUUUGGUCUGCUUCAAUACGAACAUCGCAUCUCCGUUUUGAACUUUGUCCUCACACGCACAUCACAUUACACAGAGCCAAUCAAGUCUAAAGAUCCCCUUCUAAUACAAUGUGGCUUUCGAAGAUAUACAAUUCAUCCAUUGUUUUCUCAACAUACACACAGCAGGAAGGGAACCAACAAUGUACAUAAGUUUGAAAAAUUCUUAAAUGCAGGAAGAACGAGUAUCGCAACAAUAUAUGGGCCGAUUGUGUUUGGCGCAAUGCCAUGCUUGGCGUUCAAAGAUACAGGAGAUAUUAACGACUCUAUCCUAGUUGCCACUGGAUCGUCCAACGGUGUCGAGCCAACACGUAUCAUUGCAAAGAGGAUAAUAUUGACAGGUUAUCCACUAAAAAUAAACAAACGGUCUGCAGUUAUACGGUACAUGUUCUUCAAUCCAGAGGACGUCCAGUGGUUUAAACCAGUUCGGCUCCAUUCGAAAUAUGGACGCACUGGACAUAUUAAGGAAUCAUUGGGUACUCAUGGACAUAUGAAGUGUGUAUUUGAUUCUCCGAUAAAGCAACAGGAUACAGUCAUGAUGUAUUUGUAUAAAAGGGUUUAUCCCAAAUGGGGAACAACGGAGAUUUGGAAAGGAGGAUUGGAGGAUAAGAUAAUCGAGGAUGAAAUAAGGGAGAGAAAGAUGGAAAUGUAG